CUGGGAAGGCGGCGGCGGCUCCGGCUCUCGCGCUCUAUGAGCCGUAGCUGAGGCAGCUGCCGGGUGCGUGGCGGGAUGCGGCGCUGCGCCCGCCCGUAGCCCGGCUCGGCCCCCGCCUGGGAGCCGCGUAGCGGGGCCGGGGGCUCCGGCCGGGCCCCAUGGGCAACACCGUCACCUGCUGCGUGUCCCCGGACGCCAGCCCCAAGCUCGGCCGGGCCCGCGGGGGGGGCGGCGGCGGGGCUGCGCCGGGGGCCGAGCGCCGGGCGGACGCUUACCAGGUAGCGGCGGCCGCGGCGGAGGCCGAGUCGGGGGACUCGGAUCCUGGGGGCGGCCCCCACCUGCAGCACAUCAGCGACCGGGAGUUCCCGGAUGAUUUAGCCUUGGAAUCAAAUCCAUCUGACCAUCCCAGAGCAAGCACAAUUUUCCUGAGCAAGUCCCAAACAGAUGUGCGAGAGAAGAGGAAGAGUAACCACAUCAAUCAUGUUUCUCCAGGGCAGCUUACGAAAAAGUAUAGCUCAUGCUCAACCAUAUUUAUAGACGACAGCACAGUCAGCCAGCCUAAUCUUAGAAGCACAAUAAAAUGUGUGACGUUAGCAAUAUACUACCACAUAAAGAACAGAGAUUCAGCCAGAUCAUUGGAUAUUUUUGAUGAAAAAUCCCAUCCUCUCACGCGGGAAGAAGUUCCAAAUGACUACAGCAAGCAUGACCCUGAUCACAAGCACAUUUACCGUUUUGUACGGACGCUUUUUAGUGCAGCGCAGCUGACAGCUGAAUGUGCAAUAGUGACACUGGUUUACUUGGAAAGACUCUUAACCUAUGCGGAGAUUGACAUCUGUCCUAGUAACUGGAAAAGAAUAGUUCUAGGAGCUAUUCUGCUGGCUUCUAAAGUUUGGGAUGAUCAGGCUGUGUGGAAUGUGGAUUACUGCCAAAUAUUGAAGGACAUUACGGUUGAGGACAUGAAUGAGAUGGAAAGACACUUCUUGGAGCUGCUGCAGUUUAAUAUAAAUGUUCCUGCCAGUGUUUAUGCCAAAUACUACUUUGACCUUCGCUCCUUAGCAGAUGACAACAACCUGAAUUUUCUGCUGGAGCCUCUUAGUAAAGAGAGAGCACAGAAACUGGAGGCUAUCUCCAGGCUCUGUGAGGACAAAUACAAAGACUUGUCCAAAGCUGCUAUGAGACGAUCUUUCAGUGCUGAUAAUUUAGUUGGUAUCCGUCGUUCUAAUGCCAUCCUCUCCUGAGGAGAGAGAAGGGUGCAGCACCGUGAAGCCAGCGUACGUAUGAACCGGAGGAAUACCACCACUCCAUGCACAUAAGCCAGCAGUGAUGGUGUCUUCCAGUAAGGGGAGGAAGGAUAAAACCAGCCAAGGGACCCCAGGGCCUGAGGAGCAUAUUCCAUUCAAAAAAUGGGACCUUGUCAAAUCAGUGCUCCUCCUUUAAAUGUAUCCAGAGGUGCAAAAACAAGCUCCCCACCUCCCCCCCACAGAUGUUUGCUUACUGUGUAGGCCUAUAGCUGUGAAUGAUGAGGUUUUUAAUAAUGAGUAGUUUUAAAUUUUAGAAUUUAAACACUAACCACGUGACGAUAGUUACAAUGUUCUUCCCUCUUCUCCCGGUCAUCCAGAAUCCUGCUGCGUUUGCCUUUCAGAGUGAAUGCAGUGCUCUCACACACAAAAAAAGAGGACUCUAACAAAGUAUAAAGCCACUCUGGAGUUCGAAAUGGUAGCAUAGAUAAGUGUUGAGGGGUUUUGCUAUUCAAAAGCUGCUAUUGUUGGUGAUGAGUUCAAAACCAAGAAGCUGUUUGAGCAGGAUAUAAUAACUGUACCAGCAGUGUCGUUCCGGUAGAGACUGUCACAGGAUUUGGAAUGUUUUGGUUGGAAGCAGAGAAAUGGUGUUACAUAUUGAUUGUUCAAAUGUAUAGGGUCCAUGCUGCAUUUCUUGUGAACUAUGGUGCUUCUCACUUUCUAAUACUUUUACUACUGCUUAGGAAAAUAUGCAUCCUGUAUAUCUUUCUGAGGCACUGAAUGAGAGAGAGCUGUAUUGGA